AUGAACAGUGAUUUAAAAAACUUAGAUAAAAGAAAGUUCUUUGAUGUUGUUAAUCCUAACAUCUCUCCUUGUGUGAGGUUGGUACGUAACUUUCUAGAGGAUGUUGGUUUGGGUAAAAGAUCAAUUUCAGAUGAGAGUAGCUCCUCAUAUCCAGAAGAUUGUAAAAGUUCACCUUCAAAACCUCUUAGGAAGGAGGUCAAAUCAUCAGCAAAAGUUCAAAUGAGAAAAACGGCUGGCAAGAAAUUGAGAGAUAAGAACAAGCAGUUUGAAGAAGAUUUUGUUUGGAAUAGUAGUGAUGAUGAGAUGGAGGGGGAAAGGUCGUCCAACCCACUGUCCUUUACUGCCAAAAAUUAUGGAGAUGGGAAAGUAGACAGUAAAAAAACUCCCAGACAUGAUACUGAUAACCUCACACAGAACUAUGUACCACCUCCACCUCCUGGUAUCGCAGAAAUACCCCCUCUACCUCUAUCUGAGAAGGAGACGCUGAAACAGAAAAAACCAAUGUUAGCUGCUCAAAGUCUGUCUAUGUUGACUGGUCUGAUUACUACAGCGAAAGCUGAGAAUGUCAUACACCAGCCACAUGUUAGCCAUAGAGAUCUUCCAGAAAAUUCAGACUGGUGGGGAAAAUCAUCUGAUACAAAAAAUUGUCAGCCACAUGUAUCUCCAAUUAAAGAAUCUAAAUAUAUUGAAAAAUGUCUGCCCUUUGGAGAAAGUGUAGGCUCAGUGGACAGUGUAACAGAAUGUUGGUUAAAUGACCAGUCGCACGUGAUGACCUCUAAUUCUAAUACAAGUACACCUAAGGGUCAAAAGAAAAUUGCUGAGUCAAGAUAUACAUGUCAAAGCCUUCUUGAUAAAGAUGCAGAGGAAUUUAGAUUGAGACGACCUUCAACCAGUUUAAAGACAUCUCCGCGUCCAGUAAUGGUUAAAACUGAAAAAGAUGCAAAUAACAAUUUUAAUGCUAUUCCAAUAAAUUAUAGAAUAGCCCGUCCAGAAGGAAGUGAUGGCUAUCUUGACAUUAAGGGUAAGAAGCAGGGUAUUAUACAAUCACCUGUAAAAUUGGAACUAGUAGCAUUACCAGUAAAAACAUUAUUCAAGACUGAAAGUCUUCAGAACAAAGAUGACAAGACUGAUGGGGAUUCAAGCGGAGUAGCCGAUUCUGGUUGGGAAGAAGAUUCUGGAGUGUCUGAUGGUAAAGAUUCAGGAAAGUUUGCUGACAACUGGUUGGAAACAUCCCAAGAGAAAGCUACAUUCAUUCGAGGUGGAGAAGUUUGGACAGAAACUGUUCCUAAGGUAGUGACAACAGGGAAAAGUAACCAUCCUUACAAGUCAAAUGUGGGAAGAGGUCACAAUGCAAUGAAUGAUUGGUGUGAAACAGGCAUAAAUUCUAAAACAGGACAACAUUAUGUUCACAGCUUAAACAAGUUACAGGAAGCAUACAGUUCAGGUGAUGAGUGGUGUGAGACAGGGUCUGGUGCUAAAAGUAAACAAGUUACCAGUGCGUUAACAGGCAUAAAGGGUCAUAACCCUAAAGAUGAUUGGGGUAGUUCAGUUACUGGUCCUUCAACAGAAAUCAGUACAGGCAAAGUUAACAUCAGAGAACCAAAUGAAACAAAACUGAACAAACCUGAACCAGACACACAAAGUAAUAAUCCUAGAGCUAGUACACUUAGUCCUGUUGCUAAAUAUAUAAAGAACAUGUCAAAAGGAGGUGUAUCAAAGAUUUUGCCUCCAAUACCAGCCAAACUCGUUGGAAAAAUUGGUGGGAAAGACCUUGGUUUUCAUUUCCCAAUAGGUGUCACCACCUCCAGUAAAGGGGAUGUCAUAGUGGCAGACACUGGAAAUCACCUUGUUAAGAUUUUCACUGCUGACAGCAAGUUGAAAUUAACCAUUGGUACCAUGCUGAAACCUGCCAUGCAGAGACCAUCAGCAGUGGUUGUGAAUGAGAGAAAUGAACUGUUUGUAAAGGAUGAUAAAUGUAUCAGAAUGUUUGAUCUAGAGAGAGGUGCUAUAAUUAGACAGAUGGGAAUUGGUCAACUCUCUCAACCUUAUGGUCUGAGUAUGACUCCAGACAAAAAUCUGUUAACACUGGAUGUUGAUAAAAGAAACCCCAGAAUAGUUAUUUUCUCCCAGGAGGGAGAACUGGUAAACUCAUUUCCUUACACACCGUUGCAGGGACGUAUUCCACAGACAAGGUGUAGAUUUCUAGAUGUUGGCAAGAGUACACUUGUUGUCAGUGAUCUAGGUCGACAUGAGAUCUAUGUAACAGAUCUACAAGGAAGGAUCAAGUCUUACUUUGGUAGAGGAGGAUAUGGCAAUGGAGAAUUCUUUGAACCCUCCGGUGUUGUUGUGGAUAGUAGUGGUAAUAUGAUUGUAGCAGAUAGUAAAAAUGACAGGGUUCAGGUAUGA